UGGGGCAUUGCCGGGAAGAGCAAACAAAAAGGCGCUGGUGUAGGCUCCAAAACACACACAUCUGAAUUCAGGAUGGCAUCGACAGAGGCUCUUAUUGGAUUAAAAGUUGUCAAACAAACAAAAACGCUUUGGAAAAAGGGUUGAAUGCCUGCCUACACCCUCAGGCCCCACCAUGGAGAAGGGUGGUAACAUACAACUGGAGAUCCCUGACUUCAGCAACUCUGUCCUGAGCCAUCUAAACCAGCUGCGAAUGCAGGGCCGGCUCUGCGAUAUCGUGGUCAACGUGCAAGGACAAGCUUUUCGGGCUCACAAAGUGGUACUGGCCGCCAGCUCUCCCUAUUUCCGGGAUCACAUGUCCUUGAAUGAGAUGAGUACUGUCUCCAUUUCUGUCAUCAAGAACCCCACUGUUUUUGAACAGCUCCUUUCUUUCUGUUACACAGGGCGGAUAUGCCUGCAGCUGGCAGAUAUCAUCAGCUACCUGACAGCUGCCAGUUUUCUGCAAAUGCAGCAUAUUAUAGACAAAUGCACACAGAUCCUAGAGGGCAUUCAUUUCAAAAUUAAUGUGGCCGAGGUCGAAGCAGAAUUAAGUCAAACGAGGACAAAGCAUCCAGAGAGACCUCCGGAGUCUCACAGGGUUACACCAACUCUAAACCGCUCCCUUAGCCCACGGCAAAAUGCCCCAAAGGGAAGUCGGCGAGGUCAGGUUAGUGCUGUGCUGGACAUCAGGGAGCUCAGUCCUCCCGAGGAGUCCACCAGCCCUCAGAUCAUUGAACAGAGUUCUGAUGUAGAGAGCCGGGAGCCUAUUCUUCGGAUCAACCGAGCAGGACAGUGGUACGUAGAGACAGGAGUAGCAGACCGAGGGGCACGGAGUGAUGAUGACGUGAGGGUUCUUGGGGCAGUACACAUCAAAACGGAAAAUCUAGAGGAGUGGCUGGGGCCUGAGAAUCAGCCCUCUGGAGAAGAUGGGAGCAGUGCCGAGGAGGUCACAGCCAUGGUGAUUGACACCACGGGCCAUGGUUCCAUGGCACAGGAAAAUUACACUUUAGGAUCUUCAGGAGCCAAGGUGACUCGGCCAACAAGCAGUGAGAUUGACAGAUUUAGCCCCUCCGGCAGUGUUGUCCCCUUGACGGAGAGACACAGAGCCCGAAGUGAGUCUCCUGGGAGAAUGGAUGAGCCUAAGCAGCCCAGCUCCCAGGUAGAAGAAUCAGCAAUGAUGGGAGUAAGUGGCUAUGUGGAGUAUCUUCGAGAGCAAGAAGUAUCUGAGCGGUGGUUCCGGUACAACCCCCGUCUCACCUGCAUCUACUGUGCCAAAUCUUUCAACCAGAAGGGGAGCCUGGACCGGCACAUGCGCCUGCACAUGGGGAUCACACCGUUCGUCUGUCGUAUGUGUGGCAAGAAGUACACCCGCAAAGAUCAGCUGGAGUAUCACAUCCGCAAGCACACAGGCAACAAACCCUUUCACUGCCAUGUUUGUGGCAAAAGUUUCCCCUUCCAGGCCAUCUUGAAUCAGCACUUUCGCAAAAACCACCCUGGCUGUAUCCCCCUGGAGGGGCCUCAUAGCAUCUCCCCUGAAACAACUGUCACAUCUCGAGGACAAGUCGAGGAAGAGUCACCUUCACAAGAAGAUACAGUUGCUCCUGGGGAAAUUGCCCAGGGCUCUGUGUCCACCACUGGGCCAGAUUGAAACAUCGAGGGGGAGGGGGCAGACCCUCUUCCCCAUUGGACCGUAAGCAGCCAGCAUCAGGGCCAUGGGCUGGUACUUCGAUUCACAAAAUGCCACAUCACUAGAUCAGAAGAUGCUCCCAAGAUGUUGCCAAACUAGAGGAUCAGCAACAUACACAGAAGCACUAGAGGCUUUUCCCCCUCUCCUUCCCACCUCACACUUUGGAAAUUAUCAAGCAAAUCAACUUUCUAAUUCAGGGAUCAACAGCCUUGGUUUGUUAACUUUAUAAGAAAAAAAUUUUUUUAACAAAACAGUGAUAGAUGCUCAUUUAUCUACCAGUCACAUUUGAACAUUGUCCUUUGGUCCAUGUUAUCCUGGUGGCUGUCACUCACCCAGAUCUAAAAAACCCAGCAGGAGCCUUGGUCAUCGGAACCAGCCAACCAUAUGAGGAAUUUCCUUUCUUCCUUUCUGCCAGAAUGUGCAGCUUCAAAUUUCAAGGGAAAAAAAAGAAUCCUGGUGCUUCUUAUUGUUUUGAAAGGUUAGACUUAUCUUUGCCCUGACUAGGCAUCUGCUGCGUGGUCAUGUUUCCGGUAACAGCCAUGGUGGAGGCAGCAUCCGCUGAAGCACUUUAGGCAGCUGAAAGUGAAAUGACAGCAGUGUUUGCAAUAGGUACCACUAAGCUUGGGGGCUGGAGUGCUGGGUUGAGGUGAGGGGAGCAGAGAGAAGUUUUGGGUUUACAAACGUGGAACAGUACAGCGCCUACUGCAACUUACUGCUUGGUAUUUGUAAACCACCGUGCUUGUAUAUCUUUGGAUAUUAGGAAAUGGCUCUAGUCCGGAUGAAUUAACGUGUUAGGCUGACUACCAAAGUUUCCUCCACUUUCUUUGGCUCCUAGUUUCACAUAACAGCAAUAGUAUACAUCAGAAAUGUCCCUUUCCAGUGAAAUGAGCCUGGAUUGUAUUUUUAAAUCCACAGGUCUCCCUAUUUGAUAACUUUUAUAUGAAGUUUUAAACACAUUUUUUCUGCAGCAUUCUGAUUGAAGAAAUUCAACACUAUGAUUCUUAUUGCAGCCACAAUUCCAUUUCCUCUUAUAUAAGUAAUAGUUUAUAUUUUCAGUCCAAUAGAAGAACCUCACUAAAUCCAUGUCUCAUGUCUGCAAACCUAGUAAUUCAUAAACCAACCAUCAGCAAAUUGCUGGUGACUCCAAGAGCUUUGCUUUUUAAUAUAGUACAGGGCAUUUACCAGAAAACAUCAGGCACAAUCAUGAUGCAAUAAAUUGAUCAAGGCAUCAAUUUUGAUCAGGUUUGAUUACUUGAUCAUUCCUAAGAUUUUUUAAAACUUCAGGAGACCUUUUUGGUAAUUCUGAGAUUCUUACUCCAGCACCGAGAGUCAAGAGGAAUUUACCAAGUGUGUAGAGCUUUAGAUGCCCGAUUUUGUAUGCAGAGAAUGAGGGUGGAUUUUUAAGGGAUGCAGGCAAGUAGAUGCUUACAAGUUACAGUGCAAAUAGAAAGGAGAAAAAUCUCUAGCUUCUCUUAAUGAUCAUUAAAAUGUUAAGAUUAGUAUUUCAAUGCAUAGUGGUUUAAGAAAUUGUCUUGGUGCAGAGGCAUAGAUAAUUGUUAAAGGGAUUUGGAAGAGGGCCUGGUCAUGCCUGCACUGGUGAGCCAUUUGUGAGUGUUAGUUAGUAGUGCGCUCCCUUCCUGAGAAUGCUUUGUGAUAUGUGGAAAGGGGGACAGGAAAGGUGGCAUUUCUUUGAUGAUAGGAUGUUAAAUGCAAAGGGUAAUUCUUAAGCAAUCUAAGAAUUGUACAUACACAUACAGCUGCACUGUAUCACUAGAGAAUGGUUAUUUUUUCUCUUUAGAAAAACAGAAAUGUGUCUUUUAAUAGGAAUGUAAUAAUGCUAUCAUAUGUUAAGAGCCUACCCUUAAACGUUGUUUUGGAGUGUAUUUUAUCUUUAUAAGACAUUGACCAGGACACCAUGAUAGGGUAAAAACUCUUGCCUAGGUCCAUCUUAAGGACCGACUAGGCUCUGUGACCUACAAAAAGUAGAGUUGAAAUGAGGCUAAAAUCUAUAGGGAUACAUUUCAACUGGUAAUCAAGGCUUUCAAUGGACAGAUCUUGCCAUAACUAAAUAGGUGAAAAGUACAGAAUAUGCUGCUUUAGCUGGAGCUUUUAAGCCUACCAAAAAAAUAUUAAGUCAAUCCUAUGUUUGAGAAGUAGUAUGCUGGAAAGUUAUUGCUUUGCUAGUUUUCUUAGAUUUUAUGUGAGAAAAUAGAGCUUUUUAAACUAUUACCAAAUUGUAAAGGUGAAGUGCAGUAAUUUCUGUAAAGAGAAACUUUGCAGCAUUUGUCAGUACUCUAUCCGGAGUUGGCAGCAAACACUUUGAAUGCAGUAGAGACUGUCCAAUAGACAUGGAAAUACUAUGAGUGCUUGGUGGGUUCCUCACCUUUUCACUCAUUUCUAAUAGCUUUUGCUGUGUUAAUACUGUGAAUAGUGCCUCCAGGUCGUCUAGGACCUCGUCAGCACAGUUGUCUUUGCUGGUUCUCUCCUUUUCACUGGUCUAGACUAGAGCCAAGAGGUUCGUGAAAUUCAAGUUUCCGAAAGCAAUUUUCCCAUUUUAACUAGGAGAGAUAUUGUUAUUCUGAAUACUUAUCCAUAUUCUUCUCCAGGUUCACUGUGACAUUGCCCUAGUUCUUAGCUAACAUCAUGGGGGAGCAUAGGAGUUAGUAGUGUUCUGUCUACAUCAAUGAAUUGCUGUAUUGUUGUGUGCACAGAGGAUACCUCUCUUAACAGUGUACUAAAUGACUUUAGCUAAUGCUGAAAAUUAUUACCAAAUCUUCACCUUGUGAAGGGAACUGCAUUGGCAAUGAUAGCUGAAUCAUCAAGUACUUUAAUGCCGAGAAAUAGCAAACACUGGGUCUGUUUUCAUUGAAUGGCUCUUCAUAGCAAAAGAGCUACCCAAUAUUCUCAGCAAACUAAGAGAGAUAGCAAUAGAUUCAUCUUCUUUCAUUCUAAGGGGUACCUUUUAUUCUUUCUGAACUCUGAUACCAGUAUAAAAUGCAGCAUUGGCAUGUGCAGUAACACUGUACUGAGGCAGAAAGGCUCUUUCUAAUGACCUGUUCUCUCUUUACUCAGAACCAUAUUUACCUCUGAACUGAGUUGAGUUUUAUUUUAUGUAACUUGCAAACUACCCCAGAGCCAUUUCAUUGUACCAGAGGGUUAAAUCUAAUUUUGAAUAUGUAAAAUAACUUACUAAAGGAUAAAGAUCGAGAACGAAGGGAGAUGGCAGUUAAGGGAAGUUUUCUUGCUAUUUUGUUUUUUUGGUGGUUUUGUUUUUUUGUGGGUUUUUUGUUUGUUUGUUUUUGGGUGUUUUUUUUCUUAUGUUUCCAGUUCCCUCUACAUCUGUGAAAUGGGGUUUUCCAAAGAUGGUUUAACAUAUAGAAUUAAACCAUUUUCCUCUGAACUUCAUAAUUGAAAUUUGACCUUGGCUGGAAAGUGGUCUAACCAAAGAAAUAGUGAACUUCAUCCUUAAUAACUGAAUAGUCUUUUAUCAAGAAGUAACUUUUAAAAAGUGUUAGCUGUUACUUGACACUGAUUUUGUUUCCUUUAACUGGUAAAAACUACAUUUUGUUUGACUAGAAGAUCUAAUUUAAAGAAAUGAUAGCAAUGGCUAAUGGAAAGAAAUUAAACAAAGACAAAAGUCUUCUGAAUCAUAGUGGAAAGGCAUUUAGUCAGAAAGGAGUUUGAAUCCUGAAAGUUCUUUUCCUCUCAGAAACAAUAGACAUGGUUUUUUUCUCUUCCUCACAUGUCCUCCUUAUCUGUGUACUUAUUUGUUUAAGGAACAACAGAUAAGUCUUCACUGAACUUAAUCUUUGAAAGCAGGGCUCUUAGGCCUCGUGGGAAAGUGCAAAAUAUUGAAGUAUUUUGGUUCCUGCGAUUUAGAAGGGAAAACAAGCAAUUAAGUCAGAUUAAUCCCUAAAUUUCAGAGGCUGUCCCUUUGUAAAGUAUGUCCCUAGGACUAUGAAUUAGAUCUGUGUUCAACAAACUGCAGCCCCCUGGUCAAAAGUGAUAGUGGACUAGCCUCUUCAUUUAAGUGUUGUUUAUGGCUACUUUCUUCUACAAUUCAAAGUUGAGACCAGAUGGCCUGCAAAGCCUGAAAAUACAGUAUUUACUGUCUGACACCUGACAGAAGUUUACCAGCUCCAAAUUAAAUUUGAACGCAUCACCCCCCAAAUUUGUCAGUCCUGCCAUUUUGCUAUUACAAAUUCAUAAGUCUAAAAGGGUUUUAAUUCGUAUUGCUAUAUAUGCAUGUUUCCCAAAAGAGUUUGCCAUCUUUUCCUAGUUGCUUUUCUCACAACCCUCCUUGUGCUCCUUAAUGAUCCCCAUUGCUUUAAGAGCAUUUAGAAUAGUCCUUAGGAUUUGACCUUGCCUUAAAGGUGCAGGUAGAUUAAAGUUUAGGAUGGUUGUUAUAGAUAUAGCCAAGUAAUUUUUAAAAACAAUCCCCAUGCAUAAUAAUGUAAGGUUAAAUGAAUACCAUGUUUACAUAAAAUACGGUAAAAAAUUGUUUUAUAAGUAAGCUUUGCCAUUCCUCUGAGUUAACUUGAACUGCCUUGCAUAAUGAUAGCAAGGGUGAAUUUAUUCCCACUAGUAUUAAAAUUGUAUUUCUGUUAGGAAUAAGUGGUUUGAUUCUUAUCCAAAGUACUGUUUUUCUAGAUUAGAAACCUCUAACUUUUCCUGUAUUAUAAAUCUUCAUUCUAAUUUCCUCAAGUAAACUUACUUUGUUCCUUGUGGAGUACUGAAAAGCCAAAUCUUCCUUUUCCCUUUUUAAUGAAUGUCUUAAAGCAUAGUGAAACAUCUGAAGAUUGCUGAUUCUUCCUAGACCUAUCUUCCAAUUUCUAUUACUGUAUGUAAUUCUUCUGAAUAUAUAUUGGGCCAUUAUAUAUUUGUUUUGUGAAUGUUCAUUCUUCCAGUAGCUUAUUUAUGCUAGACGUGAAAAAAUUGGAAAUUUUAAAGAAAUAAUAAUAGAAUUCUUUGCAAAAGGAGAAUAUAGUUGUUCCCCAUUUGAAAACAAUACAUGGUCCUCUGCAUUAGAUGCACUUGUCUGAAUAAAGGGUUGUAGGCCAAGCAGGUGCAAUCCAGUGAGUUUACCUCUCACCUUGUGGUUGUAGCUCCAUAACACAUGUGAAGUUCAGAUGAGUGACCCAGCCACCUGUAGGGCACUUCUUCACCAGGCAUUUUAUUCUUAGAGUUGCCUUUCUCUAACUCCGAGAUUAGUAAGUUCUACAUAAUACACCCUCUUAGUAAUAAGUAGUCUUCAUCGAUAAUAUUUGCCUACAUUUGUUCUGCCUUGUCUUAGAGCACUUAUAGUAAUAGUGGGUUCUUGGCAUUUUGAACUAUUGCUCUUCUGACUACUUUGAAACUCUGAUUAAUCUGGGGUUUUGGACUUGUGAAAGAAAUUGGAUUCAGAUAUAUAAGCUCAGUGAAUCAUCUGCAUCCAUCCCUCCUUGAGGUCUGUAGUAGAUGUCAUUUAAAUAUAAAUCUGUUUAAUAUGAGAAACAGUGGAGUUUGCCAAGUAUUAUGACUUCUUUGAUAAUUAUCAGUUUUACGUUUUGCCUUCUUUGUUUUCUAGUCUCUUUCUCUGUUUUCAAUCUUCUUAUUCUUUUUUUUUUUAAUAUAUUUUAUUGAUUU